GAAAUUGUAGUUUACUUCUUGUCGUGGUCCUCUGUGCACAAUUACAUGUGAAAUCGCAAAGCUUUUGCUGCUCUCCGUGCCCUGCAGUGUACAAGAUGCAAAAAAAUCAGUGUACAAGAUUGAGAGAAUCUGCCAGGGAGCGCCUCCCCCGCGCGCCCUCGGCACACACCAUGCUCUCCGCAGCUGCCUCGCCGCCGCCUACUUCCCCCUUGGUGGCACCCCUUCCGCCGUCUUCCUGCUAACCCACGCGACAAGCGCCGCAGCAGCCAGCCGCUUCUCUCGCACAGCAUCCUCCUCGCCGCUCUGCUCCAGCCCCGUGACCUCCCGGCCGCGCGUAGGCUGUUCGAUGGAAUGCCUCACAGGGGCACCGUAGCUGGAAGUAGCUGUCCGUCACCGCUCUUGGCCCUUUGCAUUAAAACAUGACUCCUGUCAUCUAUAGUGCUGUUAUCGGCAUGUUGUCCAUGCCUGUCAGAUUGCUUGAUGCCGUUAUGUUUUUCGAGGGAUUAACCAACAAAUUGGGACUCAGAAACAUGUAAUGCGAUGAUAUUGUAUAUACUCAGAAGUGGUUUAAUGGAGCAAGCUCUGGGCCUCUUUGGGAUGGCUCUGUGAAAUGCUGUUCUUCCAACUGAGUUCACUUUUGCAAGUGUGCUGAGAUGGAGAUUGUGUUUUGGUCUGAUGGAGCAGGGCACGCAAAUCCACGGGCUGGUAUAUAAACGUGGGUUUGAGGAUGAUAUAAUUGUCGCCAUUGCUCUCAUUGACAUGUAUUGUAAGUUAGGUUCCUUGAAGCAUGUCAGGAAACUCUUCAAUGGUGUCUGUGCCAAGGAUUUGCUGCUAUGGAAUACAAUGGUUGUUGGUAUAUCGCAGAAUGGGAAAGGCAGGGAAGCCAUUCCAAUUACCGAGGCUGAGGCCUCCUACUAAGUAGGAGCAUUUUGCAAAGACAAAAUUCGAAAGCUGAACCUGUUCCUUUUGCUGGCUUUAUGAGUGCCUUUUAUUGCAAGUGUAUAAACUUGAAUCUUUCUGUAACAGAAACAUACUUGCAGGGAUUAUUAACGCAAGAAGAACAAGUGUGAAUGGGAUGAGCAAACUUCUUCGUGGAAGCGGACUUGUGGCUAUGAUCGUGUUAAUGACGAUAGAGACAAUCCGAUCAUUGAAGCCAGAAUCACAGAUGAGCCCGGUGUUGAUCCUUUUGCUCAAUAGAGGGAGGAGAAGAAGAACAGGUUGAUUAUCAAGAAAAGAACAUACUUUAGAAUUUAAAGAACGCUGCAAAAGUUAGUGCUCUGCCAAGGUAAUCAUUUCUAUUAUCAUCAUCUGUAUACAGCACUACUUUGUUUAUUAUCCAUCACAUUAGCAACUCAAGUUUCUCAUCUAACGCUUUCUGAAAAAAAACUGGAACCGUGCAGUCAUAUACAGCUUGGUGCCACACCUGUGCCCAUCACUGGGAUUAAAGCAGAUCUGCCUAGAAAAUCUAAAAACAAAGAUGUUGCGAAUCUUCGGUAAUAAAUGUGAUUGUUUUAUCGCGGAGUAGGGCGAAUCAAUGCUUGGGAAAUGUAUCAAACUAUACUUCCGGAAACCUCUAGAAAGUUAUAAAAAGGGAAAUCAUGCAUAUCUUGACAGCCCAUAUCUUUAAUUGAUUUCCAUAUUAAUAUGUAUAAAUCACGCAUGUUCUACAGCUGUGCCGUCUUGCCGCUCUUGCCAUCAAGGUAUAUAAAUACAGUUUUCUUUGCCGAGCUUUGUGCUAAUCGAAAGAUAAUUUCUGAGGUGCACAAGAACUCUGUAUUCGACAGUGCCGGAAAGACCAUUGAUUUUCGGGCAAGCAAGAUCAAGCAGUGCACAUGGUACCGACUUCGCAACCUCAGCCUGCAAUGGGUGAUGUCACUCCUGCCGGUUCACAGCCAACACAACUAUUCCCUGGCAAUCCAGCUCAGCUCAGUGCUCAGGAGCAGCUGAUGUACGAGCAGUCGCGGGAGUAUCAGCAGCAGCUCCAGCAACAGCAGCAGAGGCAGCUCCAGCAGUUCUGGGCCGAGCAGCGGUCAGAGAUCGAGCAGGCCACCGACAUCAAGAACCACCCCCUGCCACCCACCAGGAUAAGGAAGAUCAUGAAGGCCGACGAGGACGUCCGCAUGAUCUCGGCAGAAGCUCCGGCGCUCUUCGCCAAAGCAUGCGAGAUGUUCACACUGGAGAUGACGAUGAGGUCAUGGAUGGUCACCAAGGAGGACAAGCGACGUCUCCUGCAGAGGAGUGACAUCGCUGCUGCUGUGGCUAGGACUGACAUUUAUGAUUUCUUGCUGGAUUUGUUUACCAGCGAAGAGACGGAGCAGGGGGUCUUGCUUCCUAGGACCGGGCAGCAGCCCAUGGGGACUCAAGCUGGUGCAUACCCGUACUACUAUGCGCCGGAGCAGCAGGUGGCAGGUGCGUCGAUGGUGUAUGGUGGCCCGUCGACCUAUGUGUGGCAAGAGCCUCAGGUACAAGAGCAGGGCCAUCCGUCCAGCACCUACGUGUGGCAAGAACCUCAGCAGCAACAGGAGGGGCCCUGAAGCUAUCACCAGAUUCAGAGUCCUUGCUUUAGCCUGGACAUUUUCAAAACUUUGGGUUUUGCGUUAGCUUUCAUAUGAUUGUUAUUUGUCGGUUGAAACAGGUCGAAGUUUGGUUGCUGUUGUCGUGGUGUCGUUAGAGAAGCACUAUGAAUUUGUGAUUUGAGACUAAUUGGUUGAAUUUUACCAUUCCAAACCCAAAAGUUGGCCUCUGGUGAUGCCUUGUUUUUAUUUCUAUCUGGUAUGUUUGCGUGUGGCAGUACCAUGAA